ACCUAUGGGGUGAAGAAAAAAUCCAGCUCCAAUUAAAGAGCAGUCACAGAAAUAUAGAUAUGUUUGCAGACAUUUCAAAAUAAAUGAAGAAAAGGGACCAUAAUAGAUCUGCUGUUGACUGCAGAUCAAAAACCAAAUGUAUGAGGCUUGACUUUAAAAAGGCAGCUGCCCGCAAUUCAUUGUCUGGAUGUCAGCGGGUGACAUGCCCAUUCUAUGAUCAGCUUCAGGAAAUCUUGGGUGGCGAUGCCAGCAUAACACCACAACAAAUUGCUCGAAGUCUUGAGAUCAGAUGACAGCCAUCCAUGACAGAACACAGCAUUCGUGAGACACAGGAGUCCUGUGAGGAAAUGAUGGUGGUAUCACAGGAUUUAGAGACGAGCAACGUGACUCAGUAUCUUGGAUACAGACAGAUCUACUGCCUGUGAUGAAGAGGAAAUUAUUAACCAAAAUGAAGAGCCUCAAGAUAUUUCAAGUGAUGAUGUUUUUGAGAGUAACAAACAAGGUGAUCAUCUUGAACCAUCCAGGCCAGCUCUCGGCAGGCUACACCCCAGUGCUGGAUUGCCACACAGCCCAUAUCUCCAGUAAGUUUGCUGAGCUGAGGGAGAAGAUUGAUCGCAGGUCUGGCAAGAAGCUGGCGGAUGACCCCAAAGCUCUGAAGUCUGGAGAUGCAGCCAUUGUCCAGAUGAUCCCUGGCAAGCCCAUGUGUGUGGAGAGCUUCUCUGAAUAUCCCCCUCCCUCUUGGAAUGACAGAGCAAAUACAACUGAAACCAAUGAAACUGGAUAAGCAUCCGUAUGUUAGUAUUUCUAAUCAACAUGUAUUAUUGAUGACUAAGAUUUAUUAAUAUGUUUACAGACUUCAUGUGCUUUGCUUCAAGCGGUAAUUGAGUAUGUCCUUACACACACUGCAUAUUACAUAUACGCCGUUGGUUCAUUUUACAAUCUCUGUUUCUGCUAUGCUAUUGUAUCUUUACUAUUAUUCCAAGAAAGUAUUUAAGUGGAGAUGCAUGGAGAAUUGUGGAU